AUAUUGAUCUUGAAAUGUCAACAACUGUCAUUGUCAAUCUGCCUGCGUCAACUGUCAACAAAACUGUCCUUUUCUCUCUUUCCCUCUGCCGACUUGAGGAUAAAAUUAUUACAAAAUGGCAAAGUCAAAGAACCACACAAAUCAUAACCAAAACCGCAAGGCUCACAGAAAUGGUAUCAAAAAGCCUACGAAGGUCAGGCACGAGUCUACUCUUGGGAUGGACCCCAAAUUCUUGAGGAACCAGAGGUUCUCCAAGAAAGGUAAUCUGAAGCCAGCUAAGCAGCUGGCGCGGGCUGCCGAGAGGAAGGCUGUAAGAGAAGCCAAGGCCAAGAAAUGAACAUCUAGUUUAUAAGGAAUUAAAAAAAACUAAAAUCUA